GUUAUUGGCUGGAUUAUACAAGCCCUCUAGUGUUUUAGUGCUAAUAUAUGGAAACGUCAACGCGUUUACUAAAGCUACCUGUGAAAACAUCAUCAGUUCGUAGGAUUUUUGUGUUUAAGAAUGUCGAUUCCUCCACUUGUUUGUAGUACUCCUCCGCCACCUGACCAGUGCGAAGAUGAUAAAGAUCCAGAAGAUUUUGAUUUGCAGUACAAUUUGUCUCAAGAUGAUGAUGAAAAUUAUGAUUAUGGAAGUUUUUCAACAUACAACCACUUUCAAUCUGCAACUGAAAUGAAAAAACCAGAAGUUCUUAUGGACACCAUAGCCAAAAUUAUAGAAAAUGAAAAAGUUGAUGAAUCACAACCUGAAAACAAAAAUGGCAUUGACCUGGAACUUGGUUCUAAUUCUAUUGAGAGCAAACUGAAAUUAGAAGAUGAAGUUAUUGAGGAUUUAGAUUUAAAAGUUGAUGAGGAAGUUUUGGGUAAUACAGAUGAGGUUAUAAGUGAAAGUUGUAUAGAAUUUGAAGGACAUGAUGCACCCAAGUCAGAAGAAAUAGUAGGAAAAGUAGAUACUCCAAACAUAUCUAAUAUUGAUCAGGAACAUUUAACCCCUUCUGAUUUGCCACCUAAUGACAUAUUAACUGAACUUCCUAGUUUAGACCAAAUUGAUGAACCUUCAUGUUACAUUGACGAAAUAGCUGCGGAAACUGUUAAUUUGAAACACACUGAUGGUUUGGCUCUUACUGAAGAUUUACAAAAUUUCCCUCAAGAACCCGUAGAUGUAAAAGAGCCUGUUGUAAAAGAUACUUUAAAAGACACUUUAAGUAAAGAUAAUGACUCACAAGAUAAUGAUGAUGAUUUUGGUGACUAUGAUGAGUUUCAGUUUGCAAGUGUUAGUGAUAAAACUACCAUUGUUAUUGACAGCUGUGAGAACCCAUGGGGCAACAGUGAGUCAGCUGAUAAUGACUUUGGAAACUUUGGUGAUUUCAAAGCAAGUUUUGAUAACAGUGAAGUCAAUAUAAAUGAAUCUAUCUCAAAUGAUGAUGAUGUUAUAAAAGAAAGUGAAGUGCACAUUAUAGCUGAAAACAUUCCAGAAAAUGAUGAUGAUUUUGGUGAUUUUAAUGACUUUAAGACUGGAUCUGCACUUGAUGAUCCUUCUGUAGGAACAGAAUUAAGAGAUGAUGAUGAAUUAUCUACUCCUCCUCCUUUACUGACCUUGCAAUCUCUUGAAAGUGAAAGUGAAUUUCAAGAAAGAGUGAACAGUUUAAUUAACAAUAUAUUCUAUGAGGAGAUGCCUGAACAUGGGGAGGUUUUUGAGGGAAGACUUGAGACACAGUUGAGUGUGACAUGGGGACAUUUGCUAGAAGUUGAUGUUAGACAGCCAUAUAUGGUGAACUGGAACAACUCUUUGGCACAGAAGACACUUUUGAAAGCUCUUUGUAUAGAUUCAAGAAAUAUUUUAUUUGGACCAAAAUGGAGUUCUAACAUGCCUAAAUAUGCUGCAACUCUAAGUGCAGCACCACUUCAACCUCAAAAGCAAGCUGCUCUGCCAAGUACUUCCCAAAGUGAAGCUGUAGCUGUAAUGCCCGAGAAGACUGCCAGUAAAUCUGCCAGUACUUGGUCAGACCCAUUUACAUCUGAUGGACAAGAGUCCUGCAACAAAGAAACGGCAAGGGAAACCACCAUCGCAGAACCCCGACCGACUGAUCUAGACGUAUUUGAGGCUCCAAUGACAAAAAAAGCUGAUAAGAUUUACUCCAGCACACUUAGUGCGCACCCAAUAAGGCAAAUCAAUCUUCCCGACACUCACAUUUUUACCCCCACUGAUUCGGAAACACCCAGAUCAAAAACUAUACACUACGACAACCCUACUGUACUUCUGCCCCAAACAACUUUAAGUAACAAAACUCCUAUUGAAACUUUAUCGCCACAACCCGGUACUAGUUCUUUGGCAAAAGCUGAUAGUGACGACUAUUGGGAAUUCCAAGACUUCAGAGGGCCUUCCACAUCAGCGUCAAAUAUAAGUCAUUCAAUUAGCAAAAAAACUGAAAAUGAAUCUUCAAAACCUACUUACGGGACACAAUUAUUACAACCCAUUAAAAUGGAACCCAUUAUGCCCAGUUUGAACUGGCCAGAUCCUGGACAAGUAAAAGAAACGUUUGAUGACUUUUCCGAGUUUAUAUCAAGUUCAACAUUGAGUACUAACAAUCAGAAACAGGAUGAAACAUAUAAUCAACCUGACAUAAAGGCUUUAACAACGGAAACACAGCCGACAAACACAGUUACAAGUACUGAAGUCACUACACAUAUUAGACCUGUAGUUGACACAGUAGAUGACGAUUUUGACACAUUCCAGUCUGCGCCACCAACAAGUAGCAAAUACUUAAAUUUUUCGAGUAAGAGCCACCACGCAUUAAGUAGCACAGCCAAUAUUCCACCUCAAACAGCACAGCAAAAUGUUCCCGAUUUUGAGUUUGCAUUCCCCAAAGUUGAAAGUGCUAAUUCCAAGUUAUCAAAUGUUAAAACAAAAGGCAAUAUUGUGCAAAAUCAAAUGUCCUUCACCCCACCUCAACUAAAUAGUAUUACUAAAGCCACAGAUCUCAAUUCUAAAAUUGCAACUCCACCAUUGCAACCAAUUCCCUCCAGCAGUUCUAAUGUUAUAUUACAUAAUCAUCAAAAGGGUGGACAAAUUUUACAACCAUUGUCUCUUGAAAGCAUAUCACAAAUCAAUUGGCCAAACCCUGGAAUUGAUCUUCAAGAUUUGUCUCGAUUCAAUCCCAUGGACACUGUGCAUACUCUAAGCAGCGAAUUCAGUACAAACAACCAUAGUAAAAGCUCAUCUCCCAUUCACAGUCAAAAAAAUUCUCAUAACAGUCAAGUCAUGGAUGAUGAUUGGGGGGAGUUCGUGUCGAGUGCGCCAAACCAACAGUUGCCUGCGCCUAAGAAACAGCCGACGUUUGUCGACGAAGAUGAAUGGACUGACUUUAUAUCAAGCCCUAGCGUGAAACCUCAGAAUGGAUUAAAUACUAUAAGUUUAAAUGUUCAUACAAAUAUUCAGAAAUCGGCGAACGCAACUAAAUUCACUAAAAAUCAACUUUCUCUCGACAUUCCGACCUUAAGUAUUAUUACGCCAAAGUCGAGUAAUAACAAAAAAAUUAACGAUAAUCAUUUUGAAAACUUAUAACGGCACAGAAAUCACCGGAACUACUUAAUAUAACAGUACUUAACUCCAAUAUACGAGAGAUAUUUGUAAAUAGGGUGGUGGUGGUACGUGUAUUUUCUUAACUUAAAACUAUUUUAAGCCUAUUUAUAUUUGUAACGAUUACAAAAUCCCGAUGCGUCGGCCUUUAUAUAGACAAAGAAGUGAGAAGUCGUCCUCCUCCGUUUGCAAAUGGUGAAAGAACAUUCUCAUACUACCUAUGCGCAGAGUUGCCACGCGGGUACAACUGGGUUGAAAACUUCGCGAACAUUAGGUAUUUUGUAAAAAAAUCAAUUAACAAGUGUUCAUUAUUUUAUAUAAGAUUUGGACCAUAGCCUGAGUUACUAUAGAAGUUACUUAUACCGUGCCAUAAGUUACUUGUUUAGCACCGCUAUCGCUAGUGCUGUUAGACUUAUAUUUUUUUCUCCCAAGCAAUUGAUUCGAUUAAUACGUACGUGUUGAAAUUGAUAGGUACAACGUUGAAAUCUACAAUUCUUGUACUUUUGUAAACAGACGAGAACACAUUUCACCUCGUACAUCGUACUCGUACACGUGUUAAAAAUCGAGAAUUUUUGUAGGUCUAGCCUGCAUUGAUUCAGUAUGUUAUUUAUGAAGUAAUUAUUGCCAACAAGUAGCUAAGCUGCACGGUAUUUUCAAAUAUUUUGUGUAGUAUGGGAGUGAUCGCAAACCCGUCCUAUUAUACUUUUUUUUAUUACAGUAUUUUUUGUUUAUUUAUUCAUAUUAAUUACGGCGUAUAUAUGCCCAAUUUUAACAAUUGAAUUGAACUGCUGAGUUCAUACAGAAUUAAAUGUGUUAAGCAAUACGUAAGAAUUUAAAUUUGCAAUUAAUUAUAUACUUCUAUUGUGUGCAUAUUGUGGAAUAUGUAUAAAAUGUAAAAAAAUAUGUGUAUGUAGAUAUCAUCACAAAGGUAGGAGACCGUUAGAUCUUGACAUUCGAAAUACAUAUUGUUACCAAGAUAUUAUCGGUACACGUAGGUUGUAAUGUAAAUGAACUUUUGUAAACUAUUUAUUUCAGUAAAACGUACUCUAUACUUUUCGCAAUUCUUCGUCAGUAUUUAACAUCUAUUCUACAUUGUUUU